GUAGAUCGCUUCCUCCAAUCAGAUUCGUGUCCUCUCCCGUGACAUCCCACGACUUGUCCCGGCUAGGGUCCGAUCUGUCAGUUGCCAUGGCGGCGGCUGCUGGCAGCCCCGGGGCGGCCUAUGAGUGUAAUAUCUGCCUGGAGACUGCCCGGGAGCCGGUGGUCAGUGUGUGUGGUCACCUGUACUGGUGGGUGUUUGGUGAGAUGGACAGGGGGGUCAGUGAAGGGUUAAUGUCAUUAUUGGGUGAUAUCCCCAGGGAUCUCAUGGUGUUUUAUAUUGGGGGGAUAUUAAUAUAAACAAUGUGGGGGCCCAGCCAGCCCCAGCUCCCCCAUGGCUGCAGGUACACAUGGCUAUGGCCUUCAGUAAACAGUGACCUGAAACCUGAAUGGUAAAAUCUAGGCUGAAAUAUCCUGGCUGGAAAUACUUCUUCCAGUAAAGCUAUUCUGGCCUCAAUUUUCACAUUUACUUCCUAAUUCACUGUUUAGUGAAUACGUCCUUGCAUCAUACAUUUAUUUAUGCCUAAUAUUACAGACACCUACACACAUUGCUAUAUAUAUGUAGAGAUUGUAGCCGUAUUAGUCCAGUGAUGUAGAUGUAAAAAAACAGAUAAAAUUCUUAUCUUGUAAUACCUAUUUUAUUGGACUAACAGAAUUUUUUAAUGACAAGCUUUCGGGAGAACCUCCCUUUCUCAAGUCUGAAGCAUUUCGAGAAAGGGAGGUUCUCCCGAAAGCUUGUCAUUAAAAAAUUCUGUUAGUCCAAUAAAAAAGGUAUUACAAGAUAAGAAUUGUAUCUGUUUUUUUUUUUUUUAACAUAUAUACGUAAACCUCACACAUUGUGCCUCACACUGAAUACAUGUAGUUUAUUUAUAAAUGCACAAUUGGGCAAAGUUCUGAAAAUGGAAUGAUUGUCUUGAAAAUGAAAGAAACCAUCCUGAUAAACACGGCUUAGCGAACUUGCUCUUUAUAAAUAACCCUGAUUGCGUAACACGCAAGGAAAGGAGAUGCAGUAAUCGAAGCCGGAUAGCUAAAUCCAGCACACAAGCACUCAGCUGCUAUCACACACAGACCACUUUAUCAAAUACUUUUAAAAUAUAGGAGUACAGAUAUGAGUAACAUCAGCAUUUGUCCCCACCCCUUCGAAAACCAAAAACUCUUAUUGACAAAUUUGUAUGUGACUGGUUACGAUAGGUAUUUGUUAAUUGAAAUGUUUGUGUGUCAGGGUGUAGUAUACUACCUGCAACUUCUAAUAUGUCGUAUAGAAAGUAUGUAUUCAUUCUUCUCUAGUUAUAGUAUAGAACCCAUUAAACAUCUGUUUUCUCAGCACAGUAAAGCUGUCAUCCUAUAGUUUGCAAAGAAGUGUAGUGAAUUGUACACUAUGUAUGAUGCCCAGCAGCCCUUUAAAAAAAUAAACACUCCAAGCACCAUAACCAGCACUCUGUAGUGGUUAUGAAGUCAGCUUAGCUGGUAAAUUAGGUGGUGGUUCUACUUGAUUAUAUUUUACCUACAUAUUAAUGUUUCAAUUUGAAAGUUUGAGCAGUUGAUUACGCCAAACAUGUUAGUAGAUUAGGGGCCUAAUGGAUUUUUGUCCCUGGCAGCCUAGCACAGCUUGUCAAAAUGAAAUUGAAAUCUGGAUUUGCAGCAAUUAAUAGGCUUGUUGGCAGAACCUGGCGGAUAAUUAGUGAUUUCACAGUUCACUAGCUCAUGUGUUGAGACCCCUUGAAAAGGACACGUACCAUGGACUCUAUCUCCUGUCUUAUUGUAAAUCUGUACAUGCAAUUUGAAAUAAAUUCAGAUUUCUCCCUUCCAUUAAUAUUACAGGAUAUGACGUGUUAUCUGUAUAUACAGAAUGCAUGUAAGAAACACAGCGCUACUUUAUGUAUGCAGACUUAUUUAUUGUUUUUUUGUUUUCUUCCUCCUUUCCAGCUGGCCUUGUCUUCAUCAGGUAUGUCUGCCUUGUAAAUAUGUAAAUUUUCUAUGCAAAUUAAAGUGUUAGAUAAAUUGUUUAUGCCUUGCAUACUAUAAUAUGUGUUUAUCCCUUUUUUGUUUCUGUUUUCUGCAGCAGUUUAAAUCCAUUUUUUUUGUUUGAUGCUAGUUUGGAAUAGUUUUUGACCUACAGCCACACACCAGGUUACCGUGUUCUUUAGAGGAGAGAGACACCUUGUGUAAACUUGGCAUUUAGAAAUCUAGCUAAAAGAUAAUGUAGUGUAGAAAUGAGUGUUCAUUUUCAUGUUAAACAGGUAAUCACAGAAUGAACACAUUUCUAGGAUAACAAUUUUUAUAUAUGGCUAUAGAAAGCAAGCAUGUAAGCAAUCUCUUUUCAAACCAGGAAAUGACUGAACAGUCCUGGUCUAGCAUUAUAUACAUGAACAUGUUAAUCCAUUUAACCACUGAAGUGAAACCAUUUCCCAAGAUAACAUAAGGAAGAUAAAAGGCAGAAUAAAAUGGAUAGUGUGUAACUCCUUAUUUAAGGGUUUCUCCUUGAUUUGGAGAUGAUAUCUUUGCCAAUAUCUGGUCUAUUGUAAAACUAAACUGGAGAAGCACUGCAAAUGUAUGUGCCGUGUUUACCCAGUAAAACUCUGUGGGAACUGGUCAGGACAACCUCCGCAGCGCCCAUUGAUUGCAUGUGGAGGGGGGAAUGCCCAAGUCUGUGCUGAAUGACAAUGAAGAAACAAAAUUACAAAGAUAAGAGAGAAUAUUUUUUGUUUUCCUUAUUUAUUUUACAAGUUUACUUUCUUGCAACAAAAGCAUUGGUACAUAUUUUAGGGUUGUCAAGUGUAUAAAUAUGUUUGUUAUAUACACCUUGAUGACAAGUUCACAUUCAGGUACGUUAUAGGUUCAAUCUAUACUCGGUGCCCGCAUAAUACUUAUUUAACAGAUAUAAUUACUUGAAUAUUCCUUCCUCCUGACCUAUCAUGGCAUCCUCGAAUGGAUGGAGUGGUCCACACACAGCUGCCGGCCCUCACCUAUGAGCAGCUCCAUGCAAUUUCCAACAUGUGCACACAUGCAUGUAGAUGUGCGAUUCCUCUGCAUCAGUUAAAGGGGUGCUAGGAUGUAUACAUAGCCACUAGUGAUCCCAAAAUAUUUUGCUCUUGACAUAGUUUUACAGCUGUAACAGUGUAGUGGUAAAGCCUAAUGAGGUCAAAAUUAAAUGCUAAAUAAAUUUUCUAGCAUGUUGUCUAGAACAGUUUGUAGAUGGCCUGUCACAUUCUCCAAAGUUAUACCAAGUCAUGCUUGUUUUGAUGGAUGCACUCUAGCAAGUUAUACAAAAUCAUCAUGUAAAUAAUUAUUCUGUGUGUGCUGCUCACCUCUCUGGCUACCGCAACGUCAUGGAGGAAGCAUGACCUCUUCCGCUAUGUUCCAGUCCAGUGCUUGAGAAUCUGAUGCACAUGCGCGGCGAGUGCUGUCCGCAUCCAUACUUCACAAUGGGAUAGCCUUGUAUUCAGUGAUUUCCUAUAGGAUUUUGCUUCAUGUGACAAAGUCAGCACCACGGAAGCGCCUUUAGUGGUGGUCAGUAUAACAACUUCUAGAGGUGGAUUCUAUUAAAAAAAUGCAAUGGUUUACAAUGAAGGAUUAAAAGGACACUACAGGCACCCAGACAACUCAUUGAAGUGGUCUGGUUACACUGUCCCAGUCCCCUUAACCCAGCAAAGGUAAUUAUUGCAGUUUUCAAUUAAUUGCCAUAAUUACCUUUAUUUGUUAACUCCAACUCUAGUGGCUGUCUGGAGGUGGAUUUCCCAUGCUUCCUGUGGGGAAAUCCUAAUGUGAAUGUGGCCAUUGCUGCAUGAGGGGAGCCUGACCUCCAGCUAGCAACUCUGGACUGAGAUAAGUGACAGAAGGGGUUUUUAACCUCUUCUGCACCACGGGGAGGAUGAAGGGCACUAUAGGGAGUUUUAGUGUCAGGAAAACAACUUUGCUUUCCUGGCACUAUAGUUUCCCUUUAACCCCUUAAGGACACAUGACGUGUGACAUGUCAUGAUUCCCUUUUAUUCCAAAGUGUGGUCCUUAAGGGGUUAAUGUAGCAAUGAAUCUUUAUUUAGGUCAAUUUUUAAAAAAAAAAGCAUUUCCGUCCCAGUUACCUUAAAGUGGAGCUAUUUUUUUUUUUUUCACAUCAUAUUACAAUACACUAUGUGGGUAUGUUUUUUUGGGAAAGGUGGAGUUAAUGUUAACCUUUUGGAGACACUGAACAUCUCACUUACUGGCACCACACAUUUCCUGGAGCUUGAUAGUCCUCAUUGUUCACGCAUUGAAAACAAUGUAAGAUUGAGUGCGAGUUACAUCAUGUGCAUGCACGUGCCUUGCUUCAGCCGUACAGUCAGUGGAAGCUGAGUGUGUUAUACAGCCACAGUUGCGUCCAACGCAGAAUUCCAUUGAUAAUUUUAAAUGCAUGGUAAACACUACAUUUGUGCAUUCACUACAGAUAGCAGGGUGAAUACUAAACCUAAAUCUACUUUCAGUCAAACGAUUUAACAAUUGUUUUCAUUUCCAUCUAGUUAAAUAAUGGUGCCUAUGUUGUCCCUUUAAUACAAUCUUCCAAUGCGCAAAGUUAAAAAAAAGUUAUAACUGUGAUUGCUCAUGCUUGGAUUUUGGAUUUUGUUGUGGGUGUUUUUGUUUUGAUUUCUUGCAGAUAGCUUGAUAUUUACGACCUUGGAGGCUGCUGUCAUAUCUAGCAUGGAUGAGUGACUUGGUCAAUUUAGAUUGUGUCAGGGAAGCACAUUAGACACGGAUGUUGGCAAACUGCUAUUUCAAUGAAGAGCCGAGAGAAUUCUUUCAUUAAUCUCGUCAGCCUUUAUGUAUUUAUAAGUGUACCAGUCAGGAUUUAUGAUGAACUGGGCAUUUUCAUUGUCUGUUUAAUAGAUUUUUGGAUGCUUCCCAAAUAUACACUACAGGUUAAAUAUACAAGAGCUGUCUUUUUGGGAGGUUCACUAGGCCAACUAGAAAAUGCAUUAGCCGUGUCAAAGCACAGUCAGGGCGAAUGUUCUCUUAUGGUCCAUGUUACAUCUAGGAAGCAUCAGUUUUGUUAUUCAGAGCUUUGCUAUGUAGAGCAUUGAGAGUGAAAUGGAAGUUUAAAAUCAGUAUUUGCAGGGAUUGAAGCACUAGUAACACAACUCUCUCCUUGCACCAAGAAACAUGUAUUAGAAUAAUGUGACUGCAUUAUAGGAGGAUUCUAUCUCUGUACACUUGCUAUGGCCAACGUAAAGCUUUUUAUAAAUACAUGACUUAGAUUGAUAAUAGUGCCACUAAUGGAAAAAUAGAGCGAUCACCAUACAAAACCAAUAGAAUGAUUCUGCUGUGUAUGUGUGUUUAGCCAUAUUUUAGAACUUUACACUUUUCUGUUUGCACACUUUAUUUAUCUCCCUUUGCAUUUGCACAGCGCAGUGGUUCAAUCUCCUUGUGAGGACAGGCUGGUGUGGAUUGUUAUUUAAUUGCAUGCCAUGGUCUGAAAAUCUGUUGCCUCUGGAUUGCUUUUUGCAGUUUGUAUUUAUGUACUGUGAGCCCGUUGUUUUUUUAAUGUUGUUUGAAGCACUGAUUAUUUAAAAAAAAAAAAAAAAUUUCUCCAUAUGGACUGUGGUAGUAUAGCAGUUUGACUUUGUCUCCGUUCCUCUGUGUGGACAGGCAGCACAUAGCCUAAAAAAUAAAUAAUAAUAAUUAGUACAAAUGAGGGCAACAACCACGGGGAGCUGCCCUUAGGACUCUGUAGUACUGUUUUCCUCUUGCUUCCAAACAAGCACUGCUUUGCUGGCCAGGUGCCAACAUUUGUAUGUGUUUGGAAGACAUGCCAAAUGUCUGUGUUCCAAGCGAAAUGGUCAAUCUUAUGGAACUGGUCAAAGAAUAAUUUUGGAAGAUUCCAAGAAAUGAACAACUCUGAAAUUCUACCUGGCUGAUUUCUUCUGCACAACUGCAACUUUGCAGCCUGGCACAGGAAAUUCUAAAGGCAAAUUACAUUGGUUUGGCAGUCCUAGAUAUUCUGAAACCAGCCAAUAAAUCUUCCAACAGCAUCAACAUGGUGUAUGUUCUCUGGAUUAGAUGCCCCUAUUUGUUUACAUUCCAGAUAUCCUAAAACCUCUCCCCAGUGGCCAUAACUUUGGCCAAAGGUCUUGGGGAACUUUGAAAUCUGGGCUUCGAGUAGUUCUUCAUUCAGAUAAAUUGGUUCCCAAGUUACUCCAUGCAGUCAAACCAAAGGUGGAUAACUUGGAUAACUUCACGUCAAGAGGUUGUGAUUCCAACUUUUUUGGAGGAAAAAAACUGCACAAUUUGAAUGGAAAAAAACCAACCAAAAACUAUCUGGCCUCUCAAGUAACCGUUUCAGCAGAACACGUUUAUUAAGUAGUGGCUUGGUCCUCGUUCCAUACUUUUAUUCAGUAUUAUCGAGUUAAGCAACUAAGCUUUCUAGGAAGUCACCCUGGUGUGAAGGGUGCUUCGAGCAAUUGUUUCAUAAAGGGACAAAGCUUUUGGAUUCUCUUGUUACAUCCCAGUCUUCGUACAGCUGCUCUCCUAUGGAAAAAACUAUUUAACUCACAGUAAAUAUAAUUUUCCAUGGAACUGGUGGCAGUAUGAACUCCCUCCCUUGUUUUAUUAAAUAUUUAUACUUUUGCAUGAAUGAGUGUAGUGUUUUGUCAGUCUGGGGUGCUGUGGUUGUUUCUCUUAUUUAUACUAAUGAGGGAGGGGGUGGGGGGGGUGUGACCUUAUUUAUUUACAUUUACAAUUUUAGGAUAAGUGCAGCCUGUCCAUACAAAAUAGCAUUGGCAAAACCCAAUCAUUAUACUGCCGCUAAAUCUAUGGAAAAGGAAAUUGAUGAUGAGUGAACAUUUUUGUUCUGAUUCUGUUUAUAUCAUUGCCUAAAGUAGCUGACACUGUGUUGUCUUCCAGUGGUUGGAGACCCGACCUGAUCGUCAGGAAUGUCCUGUGUGUAAGGCGGGUGUCAGCAGAGAGAAUGUUAUCCCAAUAUAUGGCAGAGGAGGCACGAACCAACAGGACCCCAGGUAAAGCAGUGACAUGAACAUAAAGAGACUAUUUCUAUAGGUCUAUCCUCCCAUUACAUGGAGGGGUGUAAGCACUUUAAACAUUUUAUCUACAUGCUAAUUCCUCCUGUUAUAUAGGGGUCUGCGAGAAGGAUUUUUAUAUUUAAAUGUGAUGCCUACAUAUCGGUCCCUUUCUUUAUAGUGGAUCAUUUUGGUAAUGUGAUAGCAGUGAUUCUUCGCUAUAAAGAGUGGUAUUUCGGUGUCCUAGUAUGGAACAGUAUCUGUGUCACUCACUGAUAAAGAAUGCAAUCAGGACAUAUUGUUUCUUCUGUUGUAGUAUAGAUAUAUGUUAAAGCUACAAAAGUUACACUGACCAACAAAGAGGUUAUGGUGUGGUUUUAUGCAGCAGCAUGAUAUUAUAGAAUCGGUCAUCGAAUAAGAAGAGUAUCAGCAAACCUGUUCCUACUGUUGCAGUGUGGGUCUAUGGUAAGGUGACAUCAGUAUGGCAAUAUACAUACAUUAAUUUCCAUGUCUUCCUCCUGUCCUUCAGAUUAAAGACUCCACCUAGACCUCCGGGACAGAGACCGGAGCCAGAGAACAGAGCAGCAGGGGUACGUUAAUCAUCUGAUGAGUUCUUGACGUUCCCUGUGUCGCUCAGUCUGGUGAUUGUUUAUUAUUGUUCUAUUCUAAUACCCUUAUGAAAGAGUUGAUAGAGUUGAGUUGUUAAUGUUUGGAGUAGUUUCACACUUUAAAUAAUAAAAUCAAUGUCUAGGCUCAGGCAGAUAGGAGAGUACAUGGCAAAUUUGUAUUUUAAUAACAACAUAAUAACCUGCAUCAUUUGCAUGAAAAUAUUGACCAAUAACCAGUUAGAAUACAAUUAGAGUGGGACAAAUAAGAGACAAAAUACAACACUUUUCUAUCACAUGGGAGUGGAUGCCCCACUGAACAUCUUUGCUCUAAAUACUUUAUCUUUAAGAGUUUCACAUGUUUAGUUCCAUUACUAUUGUUCCUGUUUGAAGUAGGACACUUUCCAUGUGCCAUAUGCCAUGCAGAUCAGUCUUAAAGGAACACAAGUCACCAAAACAACUUUAGUCUAAUGAAGCAGUAUUGGUGUAUUUAUCAUGCCUCUGAAGUCUCUCUGCUCAAUUCUUUGCCAUUUAGAAGUUAAAUAAUUGUUGUUGCUGUUCAUGCAUCCCUAGUCACACUUCUCCUGGCAGUGACUGACACCGUCUGCAUUGAAAAAAAUGGUUUCAUUUUCAACUAAAUGUUACUUUUAAACUUUUUACCUCCUGCUCUGUAAAUUGAACUUUAAAUACACUAAAUAGAAUUUUCAAUAAAGGAAGUGUAAACAUUAGAUGACUCUUUGCAGGAAGUGUUUAGGAAGGCUGUGUAAGUCACAUGCAGGGAGGUGUGACUAGCGCUGCAUAAACAAAGCGAUUUAACUCCUAAAUGGCAGAAAAUUGAGCAGCGAAAUCUAUACACCAAAACUGCUUCAUUAAACUAAAGUUGUUUUGGUUACUCCAGUGUCCCUUUUUAUUUUCUGUUUUCAUUCACUGUAUUUUCAGGGCUAAACCGUUCAGUGGAGUAUUACAAGUGGGGCGGGGGGGAGAGAGAGUGUGUGUGUGUGUGUGUGUAUAUACAGAUUAAAAAAGAUAGGUAGUGUUACACUACUUUAAUGCAGAGUUGUGAUGGUACUUAGUCGCUCUUUAACAAUUCAUAAAUAUGACAAGAUGAAAGCAGAAAGCUCUACUCCGUUAAGUAAAAUAUACUGUCUAACAGCUGCGGAUUUUAUACUUAUGUUAAUUUUAGAUUUUAUGUGUACACUUAAACUGCACUUUUGCCAGAAAACCAUAUUUGUUUGUUAAAUGGGCUUCUGAUCAAUGUUUAACUUUCACAUUGUAUUUUUUCUUUUAUCCCACCCUGUCAUUUCUUGUUUCCUCACACCUUUUAUUGGUUUCCUUGACAUUUUUCCUGUUCCUUUGCCCUCUGUACUGAAUGUCCUGUCUGCUCUCAUGAUCUUUCCUCCAACCAUCUCUUUCUAUCCUUUGUAUUUUUCUCAGGGGGUUCCAGGAUUCACAGACACAGGCUUCCACAUGUCUUUUGGCAUCGGAGCUUUCCCUUUUGGCUUUUUCACUACCGUCUUCAAUACUAAUGAAUUUCACUCCGCCCCCCGCGCAGGUAACACACAUACAGUCCAUUAACCCUACCUUGCACGUGUCCUCAUCUCCCCCUUUCCCCCACCACGAAGAUAAUGUUACCUUUGAACAGCAUCCACGUUUUUGGUAACCUCACUAUCCGUUAAAGCAAUUAACUGGUCACUUCUGCUGUAUGAGCCUAAUAUCUGCCCCCACUGUGAGGGGAAAGCCUGCACUCCAUGCAUAUCAGGGACAUCACUUUCAGACUAGUAUGCCUUUCCGUGUGCUUGUAGUUCUGUAGUAUCAUUAUAGGGUUCUUUUAGGUACCCCCUAGAAACCAUUUUCCAUUAAUCACUAAAGCAUAAAAACUAAUGUAUGAUGUAUUACAGAGUUUUCCAACAGUUCAGAUAUUCUGGAAAAAAAAUUGUGAAACCCGUUUUUUAUUUUUUUUGUUCUUAAAAUUUUAUUUUACAAGCUCCUUUACUUGGUUACAUGCAGGUAUUUUACACCGAAAAACUGGGGGUGAGUUUCUAGCACUUUUGGUGUAGUGAUGAAGGCAGCUGAAACAACCCAAACCAGAGUUUCUUUUCCGAUUAGAGGAAGGAUGUGUACAUAUAAUGGAGGGAGCAGUGCCUAAAGGUAUUCUCGAAUGUGGCAGAGUAGGAAACAAUACAAUGGAACAUAUGGAUUGGAGUGAAAAAAGAAAUAAAGAGAGACUUACAGUGUAUAGAGUUAUAAGUAAGCUAUCCUUUUUUUGCGCCUGGGCAUUAUGAUCCCUACCUGAGGAUGUAAGGAAUAUCUCAUGAUCCAAUGGGGGAUGGUGCAGAGAUUAUAAAUAAAAAUAGAUGAGGGAGUAUUGUAUAAAGAUAUACACUCACAUUUUAUGGAGCCUAAAGUUGGCUCCAAAUAGCAUGAAAUUGUAUAAACCCUGUUCUUGGAUAUGUUUGUUGUAGUGAUCCUCACCGUUAUGAUAUCUAAAAGAAAAACAAAUAAAAUAUAGUGCACACCGUAUAUUAAAAGGUGUUAAGAUAACUGGAACUUUACUCACAAGUGUGGAGAAAAAAAACCUCAUUGCGUAGGUGGUUUAUUCCCCACCAAGGAAUAUGAUGUCCAGGUACCAGGGGCCAAACAGAAAGGUCCAGGAGCAAAACAGAAAGGUCCAGGUCUAAUCCCUCAUUGGAUGAAGAGAUACACCUUACAUCCUCAGACUGGGAUCAUUAUGCCCAGGUGCAAAAAAAAUAGAACUUGCUGAUAGCUCUACACAUGUUAAAUGCAUCUCCAGUAUUAAAAUUACUACAUAAUAUAGUUGUUCUACUGUUUCCUUGUCUCGUUUCAUACUCUACCACACCUGAGGAUCCCUUUUAGGCACUGCUCCCUCGAUUAUAUGUACACAUUUUACACUGAGAAGCUGUCACAUCUUCAUUUAAUAGUAGACCCCCUACUAUAUGUAACUACUCACACAGUCAUAUCUUGUGUUUUGUCUGAAGUAGAUAAAGGGACAAUAUAGGCUCCCAGACCACUUCAGCUCAUUGAAGUGGUCAGGGUGCAGUAGCUCUAUUGCACUUAGUGCUACAAUGUAAAACAUUACAGUUCCAUAGAAACUGCAAUGUUUACAUGAUUGCAGCACUAAAGGGACACUGUAGUCACUAUGACCACUUUGUCUCUUUGAAUUGGUUAUAGUGCCUGGAGUGGCCUGGCACUGUCCCUCCAUUCAGUGUUGCACAAUGUUUGUGCAGCGUGCAACAAAAUAGGAGUCCCUGGCCACCCACAGUCUGGCCCCUUCUGUAUGUGUAGCUAAGGCAAAGAUUACACACUUCCUUGUUGUCAUACCCAUCCAUACCGUCAGUUGGAGCUCUGACAGGUUAAAAGCAGUCAGCUGACACUCUCAGCCAAUCACAGCUGCCCAUUGCCUCUCAGGGUAAUACUUCCUUAUUAGCCAAAGCAGCACAGAGUGGUUAGACUGCCGUGGACUCUUGUUUAGCAUUAAAACAUUACAACAUUAAAAACUGUUUAAUGCUGAAAGAAAUGAUGGUACCAGGGGACUCCAGACACUAUAACCAGUUUAAUGAGAUGAAGGAGAUACAGUGCCUCCGGUGUUCCUUAAGUCUGCAUCCAGUGGCUGUCUCCCAGACAGCCACUGGAGAAGCCUACUGCAUCCAAAUGAAACUUUGGUCCGUGUCUGAAGCUGGAUGUCAUCACUCUCUGCAUAAGGAUAUGCAGCGUCAGAUUUUUUUUCCCCCCAUAGGAAAGCAUUGAUUCUAUGCUUUUCUAUGGGGAGGUCCAAUGCCCUCGCAGGAAGUUUGAAAAGGAGGAGCUGGGCUCUGGGAUCAGGUAAGUAAAGGGUUUUUAACCUUUUAUUCACCAUGGAGGGUGCACGAGAGGGGCUACAAAAAGCUCAAAAUCAGGGGCAUGCCUUUUAAACACCCCCACACUUAAAUGGAUACUAUAAAUGCCUGGAAUACAAAGCUGUGUUUGUGGUACUUAUAGUAUCCCUUUAAGUGUGGGGAUGUUUAAAAGGCAUGCCCCCUGCUUUUGAGAAUAAUUACUGUGUUUUGCCAAUCCUAUAGCUGGCAAAGCACCAUUGUAUUUGUGGAUCUAUAACAGGUGGUCUACUUUUUUUAGAAAUGUUUGAUGUACCAUGAUUCCCAUUAGGAAGAAGCAUGCUGAGUUUAGGAAAUAUAGUAGUAAGGAAGAGAAAAUCUAUUUAUAAUUUACCUUGAAAAAUACAGAAUUAUUUCAAAUAUGAAUGUUUUUAUUAUUUUUUAUAUUUUCAACUGAAUGUAGUAACUGUUUUCCCAAAUGUCUCCUCUUUUUCUUAGAAACUGGGCUGGCUCCAGGAAGAUUUUUUGGAUUGCCGGAUUCCCUCUUCCUAUUGAUUGCCGUUUUCUUCUUUUUCUGGCUAAUCAGCGUAUGAGACCCAAACACUCCUGUACACUAGUACUCAAAAGCUGAGAUUGCAGAACAAUCCCUCAUCCCAAGACACUUCUUGCAUUCUGAGCCCCCUUCCAGGGGAUAUUCCCAUAAUUAACACUCCAUGCCAUAUUGGACGGUUAAAAUAUAUAAUUCUAUAUAUUCCGACAACAAAGUCUUCAUGUAAAAGCAUUUUUUUUUUUUGCUUGCUGGGCACUUUAUAAAUGUUAAUUUUGAGGGUAUUGUAAAGUAUAUGAAAGCUUUAUUUGUAAUCCUAUACUGUACAUCACCUUUCUUUUGUCCCACUCCUUUUAUUGCACAUUAUCAACAGUUUACUUGGAAAAUCAUGGACUAAAUGUUGCUGGACUAUAGCGGUCCAGCAUGGCAACUUUUAGCGUUUUUUAUGUCUGAAUUAGUAAUUAUUCUCGUUCACUGACAUUAAGCUUUCCUAAUCUUUUUCAAUGUGGGGAUUUUUCACUAUGGUGCUUAUGCUCUAUAAAACUGCCCCAACCACAUCUAAAUCUUAAGUAUAGAAGGUUCUUUGUUUCAAAGAAUUGUAUAGGUUUACUAUUCUUUGUUUUGGUUUUCCUCUACUAGAGCACAACUAUUAUUUGUUUAGAAAAUGAAGUGGCCAUCAGGCUGUGACAUAGAUUACCAAGUUUUCUAUAAAAAUGCAGACACUAAAUGCACUAUACAUCCCUUAUGGGGAGUCCUUUCCAUUAAGGUUGCCAGCCUUAACCCUACUAACUGCUAUGACGUGCAUGUAUAACUUUCUUACUCCACUAGGUGACAGCACUGGCCUUAUAAGUGUGAGGUGUUGGUUUAUCCAUCAGAUAGACAGAGGUGCUGAUAAUCCAGUUAUUAAACACACUGAUAAAUUUGCUAAAUCAAAGCACUAUGCCCCAUGCAGUGGCUACCACUGAGUAACUGUACUUCAGGAAACUGGUUUUCUCAUUAAAAUACUAUCUCCAUAAAUUGUUUCUGUUAUCAAAAUUGGUUGUUUCCUGCACUGUUAUAGUUUGUAUGCAGGAAAGACUGGCACAGUUAUGGCAUUUGUGCAAGAGAGAUAGCCAGUAUGUAUGUGCAUAAAUCAUUAUUUUGUUUUUUUUUGUAUGUGAAAAAGGAAGAGCAGUACAUAUACCAGGGCUCACAAUCUCCACUAGUCAUUGGUGAGGGAAAAUGUAGACCUGGAGAUUACAAAUUCAGCCCUGGCAAGUGUGACAUGGACUCUCCAGGUUUGCAGUGGCUAGUAGUGAAGAAAUUGAAAUUUUAAGCCCUGUGUAUAUAUAAUGUGUUGUGUUGUGAAUUGGAACCAGGCGUGCACAGUAAACCAAUGCAGAGAAUUGUUGUGUUGUGCAUUAGCCUCAACUAUUGCUGGAGAGUUCUACAAGUUCAGUCCCAAUCUGCCCAACACUAGCCAUUCUCAUACCAUUCUAAACGCAAACACAUAUCAAAAUGCAUUGUGUUAUAUUUAUAUGUAUAUAAAUAUAUGUGUUUGCACAGGCCAAUCUAACCUUGGCCUCUCUUAGUUAAUUCAUUUUAAAAAAUAUGGCUUUCUUUAGUCCUUUGCAACAUCUGGUGUAUUCUCCCUAAAAUGUUCGAAUUAAAUCCAUUGCAAUCUGGGGCUAGUCAUGCAUCAGAAAGACGAAGGAACAAGAAGUGGAGGCUUUGCAAUUUACCAAGACGUCAAUAAACAUUAUGAAAUACCCUUGCUCUGGUUCGAGCGAUGAAUUCCUUGCUGUUGUGAUUGUACUCCCCUCUUUCGUGUUUGUUUAGUGACCCCUCCAUUGAUUACUCUGUUGGGAAAAUACAUCCUAUAAAUCUGCUCUGAGUUAUUGUC